AUGCCCUCCACGGAGUCUGUCUUCGACUCCGAGACGGUAGGCGUCUCGACUUUGCCGACAACACCUGAUCGAAGUGCGUCAUGCAGUCCUGCACUAGACGAGAGCACAGAUGAGCAUGAUGGCGCAUCCAACGGAACUAAAACCACAUCGGAAGCCGAUAGCGAUAUCGAGAACAAAUUCCACUCCAAGACUAUUCGCAGUAUUUGCUGCGUAGGAGCGGGAUAUGUCGGUGGUCCAACGGCUGCCGUCCUUGCACUCAAGAACCCAUCCAUCAAGGUGACGGUUGUUGAUCGUGACGACCGUCGUAUCCGACGAUGGAAUUCUCGGCAUCUUCCAAUCUAUGAGCCGGGUCUUACUGAGGUUGUUCGGAUCGCACGAGAUGGCUUGGGAGAAGUCUCUCGAGUACAGGGCUCGGGCGCAAUAGAGGGUUUGCGAAAGCCAAAUCUCUUCUUUUCUGCAGAUGUAUCUCGCUGCAUCAGUGAAGCAGAUGCAGUUUUGAUUGCUGUCAACACACCGACAAAGAUGCGUGGUACCGGUAAAGGUUGUGCCACUGAUAUGACAAGCUUCGAAGCCGUUGCCGCAGAGGUUGUGCGCCAUGCAAGGGAUGGCACGAUAAUUGUCGAGAAAAGCACAGUUCCCUGCAGGACUGCACAGAUGAUUCAAGAAAUGAUUCGUAUUCAAAGACCAGGUGCUCAUUUUGAAAUCCUUUCCAAUCCCGAGUUCUUGGCCGCAGGAACAGCUGUGCAAGAUCUUCUUCGCCCAGACCGCAUCAUUAUUGGAUCUGGAACCACCCCUGAAGGGCUUUCAGCUGCAGAAGCUCUUGCAAAAGUUUACGCCUCAUGGAUUGACCGCAAGAGAAUCAUCACGACCAACGUAUGGUCAUCAGAGUUGGCUAAGCUAGUCGCCAACUCUAUGCUUGCUCAACGCCUAAGCAGUAUCAAUAGUAUUUCUGCACUCUGCGAGGCAACCGGUGCUGAGAUCAAUGAGGUCUCGGCCGCAAUCGGCGCUGAUACUCGACUUGGUUCCAAGUUCCUCCGUGCCGGCAUUGGGUUCGGUGGCUCCUGCUUCAAGAAGGAUGUCCUGAGUCUGGUAUACCUUGCUGAGUCCCUCAAUCUGCAGGAGGUUGGUGAUUAUUGGCGUCAAGUUGUCGAGAUGAACGAGUAUCAACGCAACCGUUUCACUUCUCGAGUAAUUAAGCGAUUGAACAGUACGCUUGUCACGAAAAAAAUUUGCAUACUCGGGUAUGCCUUCAAGAAGAACACCUCGGAUACUCGAGAAGCACCGGCUCUCGAGAUCAUCAAGAGUCUGCUGGACGAAAACCCACGUGAAAUCGCAAUUUUUGAUCCCUGCUGUAAUCCAGUCGUCAUUGAAAAUGAGAUUCGCUCGUUGCAGAAUUACGGGCCUCCUGUUCUGAGUGACGACGGUGGGUCUGUCAAGGUUUACUCUGAUGCAUACGCAGCUUGUGCCGGCUCGAAUGCCAUUUUACUCGUCACCGAAUUUGACGAGUUUUUGAACUUCCCUCUCCUCUCUAAUGCCGCGUCUUCCGGUGUCAACUCACAGGGAAAGAGUAAGAUCUCUCCUUCCGAGGUCAACGAGUCCGCUAAGCAGCACUUCAAUGACGAGCCGGAGUGUGCUGCCGACUGUCCAGACUGCCAAUCAGGUACUGGUUACGGAGAUUCCAGUGCUGAUAAUGUCGAAAACUCACCGAAGAAACAGCUAGACUGGAGGAGAAUCUCCGGGGAAAUGCAAUCCCCUAAAUGGCUCUUUGAUGGGCGAUGUGUGAUAGAUGUGCCCAAGAUGGAAUCACUUGGAAUUCGGGUUGAAGCGAUUGGUUCUGCCGGGUGGACUGUCUAG